UUUCAGCCCAGCCUUUGCCAAACUGCUUGCCAGUCUCCUCCACGAGAGAACCGAUUCGGUUCACACUGCGCAUUCUGAAUUAAGAAAAGAAGGACCAGAAGAAGCAAGCAUCCCCGUUCAGCGAUAUGAAGCCCACCGUCAUGGCCGAUGAAGGAGCUGAGAUGAUAGAGGAAACUGAGCACAUGAUAGAGAAGAAUGGUGAAAAGGAACCAGAAAAUGUAUUACCAGCUGGAGAUGCUAAAGAAAUGCGAGCUGUAAUACUGUCCGGUUUCGGGGGUCUCAACAAACUCCGGGUAACCAAGAAGGCGAUGCCUGAGCCACAGGAGGGAGAAGUAAAGAUUCGCGUCAAAGCAUGUGGCUUGAAUUUCCUGGACCUUAUGGUACGACAAGGGAAUAUUGACAAUCCUCCAAAAACUCCACUUGUCCCUGGAUUUGAAUGUUCUGGAAUAGUGGAGGCGAUGGGAGAAGGCACAAAGGGAUUUGAGAUAGGAGAUCGUGUUAUGGCUUUUGUGAAUUACAAUGCAUGGGCAGAGGUGGUUUGCACACCAUUGGAUUAUGUCUAUAAGAUGCCUGAUGAUAUGACUUUUCCUGAGGCAGCAGCCUUCUCCAUUAACUUCGUCGCUGCCUACAUGAUGUUGUUUGAGGUUGCGAAUCUCAGAGAGGGGAUGUCAGUUUUGGUCCACUCAGCAGGAGGGGGUGUGGGCCAAGCUGUGGCUCAGCUGUGUUCCACUAUACCCAGCGUCACUGUGUUUGGCACUGCCUCAUCCUUCAAACAUGAAGCUAUCAAGAACUCGGUGACCCAUCUCUUUGACAGAAACGUUGAUUAUGUACAAGAAGUUAAAAAGAUCUCUCCAGAGGGAGUGGACAUUGUCCUGGACUGUCUAUGUGGGGAGAACACUGGUAAAGGCCUUGGUCUGCUGAGACCUCUGGGAACAUACAUACUCUAUGGCUCAUCAAGCAUGGUUACCGGGGAAACAAAGAGUUUCUUCAGCUUUGCCAAAUCUUGGUGGCAGGUGGAGAAGGUGAACCCUAUUAAACUCUUUGAGGAGAACAAAGUCAUCGCUGGAUUCUCGCUGCUUAACCUCCUGUUCAAGCAGGGUAGGUGUGGACAUGUGAAGACGGUGGUGGAGAAACUCUUCUCUCUCUACAACCAGAAGAAGAUCAAACCUGUGGUGGACUCCCUGUGGGCACUGGAGGAGGUAAAAGAAGCAAUGCAGAGGAUCCACGACCGAGUUAACAUAGGAAAACUAAUCCUGGAUGUGGAGAAAUCUCCCACUCCAUUGAUGGCCAAUGACAGCACAGAGACCAGUGAGGCUGGUGAGGAAGAGGAAGAACACGAAGGGGAUAAUGACAACAAGGAGCGCAUGCCCUUCAUCCAAUAGGCCAAGGCACUGCAUCACAACUAGCCUGAUCACCUCAAAGAAAGGAAGUGGGGGAGGGGCAGAGAGUAAUCAACUCCCUGACCAGAUCUACGCAUCAUGAACUCAAACCGUUGUAUAGUAUGUUAGUUUAUGUCUGUCUGUCUGUGUGUGUGUGUGGGGGGGGGGGGGGGAGGGUGUGUGUGUUUGUGUGUGUUUGGGUCUGUUGGUUUUUUGUCUUCUUGUGUUGAAAAAUGUAUGAAAUACAUAUGAAACUCAUAAAACACUGGUUGUCAAAUUUGCCAAUCAACUUAAGUGCCAUUCACAACAAAGUAUUAUGAUGAGUAUUUUGUCGCUGACCAAAUUAUUUUAAGAGUUGCUAAGACCUAUCUGCAGCCUUGUUGUCGUUCAUUGUGUCCUGUGGCAACCCUAACAAGGGAUACAAGUAGGAACAGAUUGAAUAAGAUAUUAAAUGAUUGAGUCAUUGAUUAAGUUGCUUUUAGGAAAAAUGUAGUUUCAGUGUGAAAGAGAACAGCGCAUGAGAGUGAGAGUGUCAGCUACAGAAGUGAUAUCGACCGAGCUUUUACCUGUGUCUUGCAAAUAGAAAGAAGAGGGACAAAAUAUAUGUGUGAGAGGAAACAUCUCCACAAAAAGAUCUUCCCCUUUCACUAACCUCUAUUAUGAUAACUCAGAAGUGAAAUUAAUUUUGGUUGCUUCGUGAGCACCAAUGACUCUGAUUACCCUCUUACCAGUGAAUACACAGCCAACCCAGAGCAGAUCGGCCCAGGCUUUUUCCUUUUAUCUUCUGCAAUGAGUCUAUCAAAGUCACUCUCUGAGAUAAUUUCUCUCAUCCCUCAGGUUAUAGUCAGUGUGUGAGCUAGGAGAAGAUGUUAGAAUAUGUCACUGUAAAUGACUGCUAACAUGUUUACUGACACAUUAGGGAUCCAACUUUUGCAGUAUUGUUAUGUGAUCACCAGUGCCUUUGAGCAAAAAGUCUGCAGCAGUCUUGUACUAAAUGUCAGUAUUGGAAUUGUAACCAUUCCAAAAACACUGUAUUCUAUAGGCAGCAUGCUUAGUUUGUUUCCCAACUAGUGAAAAUGAGAAAAAGUAUCUGCUCCUCCAUAGUCUACAUUUCAGACAAUCACUACAGAGAAAAGGUGUUGUGUUCAGGUAAUAAUGAUUAACCUGUUACUAAACAGAAAUCUGUUUCUGUUUAGUCUUUGUUCUUAAUGCAUGUGUGGAAGACGUUACAUUCUGUUUACCUGCUGGUGCCUGUGCAUAGUGUGCAAUGCCUCACAGAAAGUGUCUCAGAGAGGGAGGAAUAAAAUCCUCAUUCACUUGAAUGGAAGUACCCCACUACUGCUGUUAAUGGGAUAUUGUAGGACUGAAUUUAUUCUUAGCAAAUGUUAACAUCUCAUGUGAGAUGGAUUAUGACAACUGUAUUGUGCUACUAGUAUUAUCAGUAUGGCAAGUGUGAAAUAUUUUAUCAUUAAAAAAAAAUGUAACUACCA